GACUCUUAUUACCAAUUAUUCAACUUUGUCUGCGUGAAAAUACAAAUUCAUGCUGUUUCUUGACAUUUUUCUCGACAAAACCUAAAUCAGACAAUUAAUUUUUUGUUAUAAAUAGUUUCUAUCUGGCAUUGAUGAAUUGUUUUAGGGCGUUAUCAAUAAAUUUCAAAUCUUAAAAUCAAGGGACCUUCUACAAAUGGAAAGCAUUGUUUGUGUUUUUUUCUUGUUUUAUUUGACUAUCAAAAUGUUUCAAGGUCAACAAGCCUUUACUCCAAAAAAGACAGCUCCAUCUCAACAACAACAGGCACCUGCACCUGUCCCUCCACCUAAAACUGAACAACCGGUGGUUCAGCAGGUUGAACAAAAGCCAAUCAUACCACCUGUAGAACAGGCAGUAACUCCAGUUAUAGAAAAUGAAGCAGCCAAAACAGAAGGCAGUAAUGACACUGAAAAAAAAAGUUGGAUGAAUCGUAAAAUUCCAAAGAAGGAAAAAGUAAGACGAAGAAAUCAAAGAUUGAGCAAGUUACUACAACCGAAAAAUGCCUUGAUGAUCUUGCAUGAACUUGUGCAAAAUCCAGUUUUUGAUGUUUCUGAAGUUGAAGGACAGUUCAAGGCUACAGUUACAGUAGCUGACAUUGCACACAAUGGAUUAGGAAAAAGUAAAAAUGCUGCUAAGAAUGCAGCUUCAGAAGCUGCCAUUCGACAUCUCAUCAAAUACAAAAAAGUAGAAACAAUGGAUGCAGCAUCUGAUGAUGGUUCUGAGAAAAUGGACACUUAUGAUGCCAAUGAGAGUCCCGAAAGUGCUCCGUUGCCAUGGCAACAAGUUGCAUCCUUUGCUCUGUAUAAACUUUUCGAUUCUUGGGGAGAAAAACCUGAGAGAAAGGAAGAACCAAAAAAAGUCAAUUCUGCAAAAAAGAUGCCUGAGAAUCCUUCGACUCUCAACCCCAUUAUGGUUAUCAAUCAAAUGUAUCCUCAAGCUAUUUUCGAUGAAUUGGAAACAAUUGGCAAUCCGCCAAAUGUCCAGUUCAAAAUUCAGUGUACUAUUGAGGGCAAAAACUUUAUAGGAACUGGUCCUUCUAAGAAGGUUGCUAAAAAACUAGCGGCUUAUGCUGCUUGCCAUACACUGUUGGGAAUUGCAUAUCCACCUGAGACUUAUCAACCCCCACAGUAAUAGUAUGAUUAUAAUAAACCUAAAGUACUAAUAAACUUUUGUGGAUUUGUGGAAUUUCAAACAAUUUAUGGUUUGAAUUUAAAAUAUGUAUCUUUUUAUGAUAUUAUGACCUUUAUAUAUCAUUAAUUUUAUUUUAUGAGUUGAUUGUGUACAGAUGUUUACUGUUAAGUGAUUAAAUUAUGUUUCAUAUUUGAAAGAUAGUCUUCAAUAAAACCUGAUGCAAUAGUUGUAUUGAAGUUCGAACA